ACACAUACACACAUAUAAAUAUAUAUUUACACGUAUAUGUGUGUGUGUGUGUUUAAAGACAGUUUCUUGAUGCCAAAACACUCCCGUUUUGGUUAAUAAAUAAUCGAAACGAGCUGCCACCCCUCGCCACCAACGAAAAGAAAUCUAAAAUUUACUGAUAUAUAUACAUAUAUAUAUGUACGUGUAUGUAUAUAUUUAAAUAAAAUUUACGCGCGUUUACAUUUGUACGCAAAGAAGUGUAUAGAGCGUAAAACGUGUCGCAAAUUUUAAAUAUUAAAAUCAAACGACAUAAAUAAAUAAAAAAAAAAAAAGAAAAUGAAAAUGCCGGUGCUACGUCAAUUCUCACACAAUCCGCAAACGCGCAGCAAUGAGGAAUUCAUUUUUAUACGCUGUGGUAAAAACACAAACACUGUCCAAACAUCUUGGCGUCCUCAGCUGCCGUUGCCCAAAGAACUUGACGCCGCCGACAACAACAACGACGACGACGUCGAAUCAACCGAUGAGCAGAGUCUCUCCGGUAUGGAGCGCUCUUCACAACAUCAUCACACAACAGCCGCACACGCCGGCCAUCGAAAAGACAGUAACCUAAAUGGUUCCCACGCCUCUAAUGCGCCAACGUCCAGUGGCUCGAAUAAAAAAUGGUCUUUUGGGCGACUCUUUCGGCGAAAGAAAGAUGUAGCUUCAGAUUCAUCGUCCGAAGAGGAUCGUAAAGCUGGUUUUGUGCCACAUCAACAAAGGCAGCCCACACGUGGCGCCGCCAGUGUCGGUGGCAGUAGUGCUAAUUUGAGACCAAAGUCGAGUAAGGCGAAUAAAGUUAGCCGCAGCGGAAAGCUGAAUGGCGCGAGCUUUGAUCACAUCGUUGUGAAUUCACAGCUUAGUGGAGGCCCGCCCUCAACGCCACCACAUCCACCACCACCAGCACAUGUAGAUCACGAAUUCUUUUUACCCGUCGAGACGAUUUCUCCAUCGGAAGCCUACUAUCAGAAUCAACAACAAUACCUCCAACAUGGCGCCCCACAGGCCGGUUAUACGCGUUCUUCGAACUCCUUGGAUAGACGUGCUGCACGCGCCGCACUGAAAACGCGCUCCGCACAGCGCUUGCCUUAUGAAGCGGCCUUGGGCGCACAUUCCUCCAGCGAGGAGGAGUUGAUUUCACUGAACUCAUCUACUUUUUCAAAAUACCGCAGCGAUGAAAGCAUACACAGUGGCGGGCAAGGUAUAGUCGGUAAUGGACAGAGUAGACGCAGUCGCGCUGCACGCAAUGAACGCUACUACAAACGGCUCUCCCGCGAUGGGGAGCCAAGCAGCGGGCAAGUACCUGUUAUGUAUGCGCCACAGCCGACGCAACGCUGGAAAACUCAACCAGUGCCCCUCUCAAUAUACAACCCAGCGGCGCCACCACCAACCGCCGCCGCCGCUGCCGCAGCCACUCCACGCCUACGCAACACCGGCAGCCUUCAGCAUGUCGCUCCCUAUGUACAGUGGGGUCAAUUGCAGCAGCAACCAAAGAAUUUGCAAAAUACCGUUAACGACAGUAAGCGAAGCAUAAGCUACGACAGUCACAUACAUUUACAGAAUAUUAACGGGCGCCUGCAGACGAAACCACUGCCACCACCACCACCUCCACGCGAUCCGCUGCGUCGCGUUAAUGUUAGUGGACAAACGCAGAAUGGCAGCUCCGGCGACCUACGUCCCAUCUCGUACGCGUUCGAUCAGAGCGGUCUACCCACACUGCCUGCCCCAAGUCAGCGUUUGGGUGGACGUUGUGUGUCAGACGAUAAAAUUUGGUCGGGUCCGGCAGGUCCACACUACCAAUCCAUGCACUCGUUGAAUAUGCAAACGUCUAACGGAGCGCAACCGCCAAACACGCCCCACCACCGCCGUUUUAUAACGCGCGCCGAACGUGAUGCGCAACCGGGAAAGAAAUCUCUGCCGAACGGCAUUGAGUUUCACUAUGUGGCUGAUGCAACACCGCGUUCUCGCAAACCCAUACAUAUGAUGGAGCCCCAGUUGGAUUCUGGAGAUAAGGAGCCGCCAACCGCGGGCAUUUUACGUACCACUAAGAGCGGUAUGCCCGCUCCCUCUUCGACGUCGGCAAAACAAAUGCAUGUUAAUGACUUCUGGAAACGCAUGGACGCAGGCGCUCAACGUCGGGGUCGCGAUGGAGACCGCGCAUAUGUGGCGGAGAGCAGCACAAAGCCACGCUCCAUUUCCAGCUCGCGUGUAGGGGAGAUGCGCGCUUACCCCAUACCUGUUUACUCAGAGGUGCUAAAACCGAACAAAAAGGCCCUGCAGCCCCCACCGCAGCCCGGCGUGGACGAGGUAGACAACAUUGUAUGUGGCAGCUUGCACAUAAAAUCCAAACCGGACGCUGCAAAUGCGAAUUAUGUCGAAAUACGUAACAAAGAUUACAACAAAAGCAGCUCAAUGCCAAAUCACUAUCAACGCCGCUCAGGUGAGAUACCCAAUACACCGAACAAGUACGACGAGUACGUCGCCGAGAAGCGCGAACAACAUCACAAACCCAUAUACACGCCGCCAACGCCACCACAACGCAAACUCUCUAUACCACCGAGCAAUGUUGCAGAGCUGCCCAUCUAUUUCCCACGGAAGAAGCCCGCCAAUCUCGAGGAAGCAAUAAAUGAGUUGGAAGCCAUCUACAAAUCUCUCGGUCUGACCGAGGAGCCCGAGAAGGCCGAAAAACCCGAAAAGAAGGAACGCAUACCGACACCGAUUGAGUUCGAGAAAUACGCCUUAGCCCACGCGCACGAAUACGACGAAGAAGACUCGCCCUCUGGUGAACCCGAUCCCAUACGCGACGAUGUAGCCUACCGUAACAUGCAGCUGGCGAAUUUGCAGCACAAAACCGUGGAGAAGCAGCCGCCAUUCGGCAUACCCAUUGGCCCGGUUGUUGCUGCGCCGCAAAACGACUAUCUGCAUGUUACACCCAUUGUAGAGGCGCCUCUAAAACCGGUGAAGAAAACGCCGGACGUAGUGAAAGAUGACUUGGCGGUGCGUGCCUUGCGCAAGGAUCCACCAGGACCCAAAGAUACAUUCAUUUACCCAUACAGCUCGUGUCAAAAAAAGAAUCGUGCAACGCGCACACAAUCAGCGAACAUUUAUAAUCUAAUCCACCGUGACGCGGCCAAGCCAUCGGGCGGUGAUCUGCAUUCAUACCUAGAAUUGACGCGCAACUUAGAGCGUGCGGGAAGUAUGUCUGACCUGCACAAGGACGACGGCGAACGUGCGGCAGAUGUUCCAGCCACGCUGGCGUUGCUGCGCAACCUCAAAGAACAAGAACAGCAACAAGAGGAGCAGUGCGUGAUACCAAAGAAAGUAGCCAUACCUUUUCGUCAUCCCAGUCAAGGCGGCGCUAUAUGCGCGUUGCCCGAAAAGUUGCCCACCAGCAACCCGCAGCACAAAGAGGAAUUACACAAAGCGCCCGUGCCAUUGCCCCGCAAAAGCCUAACGCCCGAACCCACUGCUGCGAAUGCGCAAAUGGAGGACGCGUUGAACAGGAUAGCCAUGGAUGCACAAGAAAAGUCGGUGAAACUGACCAAAGAGCUGCAAGAGCUGCGCAAAGAGGCUCUCAUAACAGCGGCCGCACGUCCGAAACCACCAAGUGCUGAAGAGGAGAAGCUCGAGAAAGAUUUGCAGGAGAUUGAAGCCGUGUCUGAGGCAGCAAAGCGUUGCGGUAAAAUGCUACUGGACACACUGCCGGAUGCAAGUGAAAACCAAGCGUUGGCGAAACCGCGUAAACUACACAAAGAAGGUAAACUAAUCGAGGCGAUAGAUCAGGUGUCUGAAGCGGCGAAUGCUGUGUGCGAGAAAAUACUUAAGGACAUUGUGACCACCGAGCCGCCAGUAGUCGUGCAAGAAGCGGUGCAAGUUAAAAACAACCAGACGCCCACCGAGACACUUGUUAUGCCCAAUUUGAUUAAGAAACUGGAUCCCAUACAAUCGGAGCAAAUCGAGGCGAUCGCCAAACGCUGCAUGCGUCAACUGAGCGCGCUGGCCGAUGACAAUCCCGACUAUGACAACCUCAAUCAGGACUUCAAUCAACAGCAGCAGUCGGAAGCAGUCACCGCUAAAGCCGCCAAAGCGACUGCUGUUGCCUGUAACGCUGAACAUAUACAAUUGGAGUCAGCGCCAAAAGUUGAUAAUCUCAUUUCUACCGUUGCAGAAAUGGCCCAAGUGCACAACGCGCAGAAUUUACACAUUGAGGAAAUCGAUCAGAUUAUGCAGGAGUGCGAGGAGCAGAUGCGCGCCGAAGUUGGAAAAACAGCGCCGACAACAGCGCGACCUGUCGUGGUAUCGGAGCGUACUUUGGCUGCUACACGCCAUCUGAGCGCAGCACCGAGCAUUAAAAGCAGCAGCGGUGACGAUCACACUACCGCGCCCAGCAUAAGCAGUUAUAGUAACAGCAACAACAGCAGCGGUAGCAAUAAUGUUGGCGCUGUGAAGACGGGCGCCAGCACCACUGCGUCCUCGUUUUCCUCCUCCAGCGAUUGCCUAGCGAAAUCAUCAAGUCCCUCCGCCUCCGGUCGACGACAAUCUUCGAGCAUUACCUCUUUCAAUCCUUACUCCUCCAGUGAUUAUAUUAAGUCACCCAGUAGUGAAUAUCACGCACCCAGCACCGAUCCGAUAAAAACAUUUAGCACUACCUCAUACGAGGUGCCAUCGACUACAAGCGUCGGCGCCACUACUAACAAAAGCGCCACAACGAACAGCACCUUCAGUCACUCGCCAUCGCCGCCACUGAAUUUGCCGCCGGUUAGUGAGCAAGCUGUGGCGGUUCCCAGCUCACGCGCUUCGGCUGCGCGUCAGUCACAAGAGCGCGCGCGUACAAGAUCCUUCUCAUCGCCAUCGCAAUACAACUCAUCUGAAGAGUUAGCAAUGAUUUUCGGCAUUGACGAGCAGCCGCGUCGUCAGCGCGCACACGAACGCCAACACGCUAACGAAGUGCAGCAACAGCAGCAGCCCGCAUCAGUAAGAACUGUUUCAGAAUCCGUCGAUACUACACAUAGUCCCCAGAACGACAACAAAUCGUCCAACUGUAGUCUAUCCUCCGCAUCAAUCACUGCCAAAUCGAGCUGCCAGCAAGCGUCGUCUAUUUACGAUAAAACAAAACAACAACUACAUCAGCAACAACAAUUACAACGCCAGCAACAACAGUCGAAACAGAAAGAACAGCAACAAACAGGCACCAAAGCAUCGUCAUCCUCCAACUCGACACGAUAUCACGGUGUACAUCCGCACUUCCAUCAUCACACGGCACCAGCCUAUUACACAGACGUCAACCUACACAUCCAUACGCCGAAGGCCAACGAUGUUGCGGCCCUGAAUGAGAACUAUCAAAGCGUCUACAAUACUCCGUCGCAGUUGGUCAACGAACAUUACUUUCCCAAGACAAGCACCGCUACCGUUGUACCACCGCCGAUCGGCACCGGAGCAGCAGUUAUUGGUCGUGCGAGCACCACUUCGCCUUCGUCGGUGGAUAAGCGCGAUCGGGAACGGAUCAUUGCGCCGAUCAACGAACCUGCCAUUGGCGGCGGCAGCAGCAGCAGCAGCAACAACCGGAGCUCGGCAGCCGCACGUGCAGCUUUUUUUCGUGGCGGUUCUGCGGGCAGCAGCGGUUACAACAACAACAGCGGCGAAAGGAAAAGUUGCGAACCUUUAGCGAAAUCGUCGCCAGCAUUUGGGCGCCCCACAGAGACAGGCAACUCACCAACCGCAUCAGCAACAACAACAGCCGCUGGUCGCAGUCGCAACUCCCACCGCUUUGCUGGCAAGAGACGCGCCGUGCGCGUGCGCAGCGAAUCUCGGCCAAUUAGCGCACUCUAUGACAUAAUAUGCAAGGAGAAAGGACUGGAUAUUGGUACAAGCUCGAACAACGAAGACGAUUCAUCAGCGCCGUCAAACGAAGACGACGCGCAUCAUAGCAGCACACGCAGCACCAGCAAAAGUCAUAAAAAUAAAAGUAGUAAGGAGCAAAGCCAUCAACAUCGCUCCAGCUCGAGUAGAAACAAUAGUCUAAAGACCAGUAAAGAUUACGCGGAGAUCUCAAAUUGUCUAACGGCGUUCGUCGCGACCUCAAUAUCGAAUUAUUUGGGUGGUCCACAAGACGAUAGCGCUAAGAUGGAUCACUCAAACACAGCUUCAGGCGAUACAGCAGCGUCGCACGACCGCACGAAACGCUCACACAAAACGCGCACACCGAGCGGCCAUAAGAAGCGCAAGGAUGUCGCUGGUAAAACUAAGUCCACCGUUCCACGUAGUCCCAGCGAUGAGGAGCACAACGGCGGCUACACUAGCGAAGAUUCGAAUGAGCAACGCGCACAUGCCGCACUUGCGACUAACGUCAAACACCGCGCAGACUGUAGCAGCCGCAUGAAUGGCGCAGAGAAGAAGGCGUCUUCUUUACCGCCACUACUGCAUGAUGUCGCCUAUGUUAUCUCUUCCUCAGCCGUACAACAACAAUUAUUGCAACAACAGCAUAAAGCAUCAGCUCAGAGUGUGACCAAAAAAUGCUCGAUCCAUUGCCGUUGUCAUACGGGUUGCGAAUGUCGCAAAACAUCAUCCAACUCAUAUCGCACAUCGUCGUCUCAUUACCCAUAUGAAUAUCAUCAAUCCUCAUUGCCACCACCAAACCUGUCGUCCGACUCAUGUAGUUGCGUACGCUCGCCUAGUACAGCCGACGAUGAAAGUCUCGGUUACUCCCCCGAUAAGUUAUACAUUGAACCUGUAAAUAUGCAUCUGAGUGGUAUCCCGUCGAGCACUGCUAGCGCUGUCAAAAAUGCGAAUAGUAGUAGCAGUGGUGUAGUGCUUGAGCAAACAUCCAAUCUCAACUCGACACGUAACAGCAAGGAGCGAGUCAGUCGCGCCCAUCAGCGGCGGCAACGCGAAGAGAUGCGUCGUCAUACGGACUUGCCGGAUUUGAACUCGCUCUCGCCGUCUGCGCCGGGUGAUGUGCUGCCACAACAGUCGGCCAAGGCGUUGAGUGACGAUGAAGGUGUCUCCUCGAGCGUGAAUCAACAGAAGAGUGGAUCCAGCAAGGCGAGAAGAUUUAUAAAUCGUCCCAGCCGUACGCCAUCACGUGGACGCACCACCACCGGCAACAGUGCUCAUAGUUCACCGCAUUCAACACGUCGCAGCGGCAACCAACACCCCGGCACCACCACCUCAUCACCAUCACCAUCGCCACCAGCUGCGAAUCGUCACACUUUGGCUGCUGUAGGGGCAGAUAGCAGCAGUCUAAACUUAUCCGCAGCCUCUAAUACUAUUAACACAAGCGCUGGUGUUGUUACCAUUGAGGAUGUAGGCUCUGCCUCAUCAGGCGAUCACAUUGCUCACAUACAGUUAUCACCGUUGCAAAUAAUGACGAAUUCAGCGACCCCAACAGCUAGUGCCGAGCUGCGUCCGUCGGCAAACGGCAGCGCGUCUGCCCGAGAUGCGGGCGAAGAGGUCCACCUUGCCGAGACGGCGGCGAACGAGGAAGCGGGUUCGGCGAAUUUUGGCGUUCAGGUGGCCAUUGCAGCUAACGGUAAGCACGAACGCAAAUACGAUGUCGUUCUCCUCGCUGCACCAAAGUCUCCACAUAAAACUCCUGCCAAACCAAUUACACUCACCAACAACAACAACAACAUCAACAACAACAACAAAACGACAAACACAUUCGAAUGUAGUGUAAAUAAGCCGGCAAUGACUUCUCCAAAUCAACGUAAACUACAACAACAACAACAACAACAACAAAAACAGAGUCAACUGAAGCAACCACAUCAGCCGAACAAUAAAAGCAAUUACAACAACAGUAACGCCAAUCACAAUAACACGCAUGGCAUUUGUAACAAUAACAGUAACGGUAUUAUCACUAGUAAUAACAGUUAUGCGAUGCCAACUGAAACGUUUCUGCUUAAACAAAAAGCCGCCGCUAUGCUUGCUGCAACGAGCCACAUUAAUUGCAACAACACUAACACCAGCAGCAACACCAGUGCACCGGCUGUUGUUGUUGUGCGAAAGAAGCCGUUAUCACCGCUACAAAUUAUAACACGUCCACUCAACACCACCACCACCACCACCUCGAGUACAAGCAGGCCACAGGGGGUGCUGUCAACGACAGCUCAUCAACUGAGUCAUCAACAUAACGCGCUGUCACCGCAACAACCGUCAGAUAUUGGCGUCAAACACUCGCCACUACGCGCACCACCACCACUCUCGCCAUUCUCCUCUACAGCACGUUCACCGCUAUCACCGUGCACGUCGCCACAUUAUGUGCGGCCAACGAAGGCGUCGCGUUUGCGGGCAGCCGCCUUUGAUAAGAAGAAGUGCUGUGAAGAUGACGCCAGUCAAACAUCUCGCUCUCCCUGCUGUGGCUCACCCAUCAUCAACUCACUAUGCCAACAAAUUGCAUCCCCAAAGCAACAAUCACCGCGCCUCUCUGUAAGCUCAUCAUCGGAAAAUCCACAUGCCGUCGUCUCAGCGAGCUCAGAGUCUGAUACGAAAAUACCCGCUGGCACAGUUUCACCCACCAAAACUAAAUCACGCUUGCUCUCCUCAUCGUCCAAUGACUCGACAACCGCCAACAAAAAACUGGUACCCUCCGUAUCCGUGUCGGUCAAACAGAAUCUCAGCGAAAUGCAAUUCAAUGGAAGUCCAAAGAAGACAUCAGCCUCGAAAAUGAAGAAACCACGGUCGAGCGCGACCCCACCUUCACCAUCCACCGAGUGUACUGCCAAUUUUACACGCUCUGCGGGUCGUUUAUCAACCGCCGAGGAGUCAGACACGCAUUUGGUGUUGAAACACGCGAAACCCCUGCCAAGGCCACGCACUUCUACAAUGAAAUCAUCUAAAGCGAAAUCGGCCAACGACUUGAAGCCGGGCAGUAGUGACAGCUCGCCGAGUAAGACGGAUUUGAGUCCGGUGAACGGCGCAACCCCGCUCAGCCCGUUGGAGGAUCGUGACAAAUCAUCGAAACGCAAAUCGAAUUUAAACCGCUCGCUCAACGAUGAGGCCACCGUAGAUAGUGUAAUCAAUCUGAAAUAUCUGCUGCUAACCGCAAAAUUAAGGAAAAAUAAGCUAUUUUUAAACGACUCCUUAGCGGCGCGUCGUCGCCGUCGCCGUGAGCUCGGUAUGGUACGUCAACUGGUGCCCUCAGACGAUCCCGCCCUGCGUGAGAUGCUUUCGCCACGUCAAAUUAAAACGGAAAUAUCUCCGAAAAUAGCUACCACCGGAAAGCCCACACACAAUGAAUUGGCCUACCACAUGGAAAUCGCACGUCGUGGCUGGGAUCUCGUCAAUCCGAGCGUUAGCCAUCGUGCGCGCUCCGAAACUGCAAGUCCCAAGCAUGAAAUACACGCGCGCGAAAGCGCGUUUAGGGAGAAGCCGAGCGCCAAUCGUUUAGCGCGACGCAGCGACACGCUACAUCUCGGUGAGCUGCGUAAACUACGUUCGAACGAUGUCAAUCGUAAAGUGAAUGAGCGUACUAAAAGCGAUUUGGCUGAGAUAAAAAAGAUCGCUGAGCAGGCCAAUGUGGAAAGGGCUGUGAUGGCUUCGGGUAUAGCGGCUGAGUUGGCUGCACAGGCAGUUCGCGGUGGCGAUGAAUUUUUCAACAAUGAUGGCGAGGAUCAAGGCGAGUGUGUCGUUGAGCUUGCGACGCCGGCGCGUUACGGUAUAGGUAAUCGUGGUCUGGCAGCGACGCCGCCACCUGCACCCUCAUAUUCGGAGUUAGAUAUCGCAGCUAAAGCGCGAGAGCGUGAGCUCUCACCAGCCAAACAUGCAACAUUUGUGCAGGAGGAAUGCAUAUACUAUGAACCCGAGGCAGGCGAUGAGCUGGCUAGGCCAAUUUCGAAUGCCACAAUGGCGGGUGGCAUAUUGCGCCAGCGGAUAUUAAAAGCGCGCAGCAUGGAACGUGAUGCUGGCCACGAGCCACCAAAAUUGUCGCCCAUUUUGCGUCGUAGGAGCACAGAUGAUCCCACUUACAUAGCAGUACCUUCGGCUGCAGGCGUACAUUCAACCUCACCAUUGACAGCCACACCUAAUCACAUUGUUUCGAUAUUGAAGAAGAAAGAUCACAUUGCGGGUGAGUCGAGCUCGGCUUCCAGUAAUGCCUCGCCUGUUACAUUCUCGGCGAAUGUGGUCGAUACCUCUAAUAAAAAGCAAAAACGCGCUGGUAUACUUAAGAAGCGUUCGAGUCUCGAUGAGUCGCGCUACUACUCACGUUCGCAUUCGCCAGAUGAGCGUAGCAUACUCAUUAAGUCCGCGCGUCGUAACUCACUUGAGGAGACUGCCGGCCUGCAGCAACAGCAACAGCACGGCAUACUCAAACAGAGCAGUUAUGAAAGUAGUAAAAGUGAUGGCUGUCCCUCAGCCACCGAACCACAUCCGCACGGUAUAUUGAAGAAGAAAGACUCUACCUCGACACCUUCUGAUGGUGGCACACAUGCGCCUAAACACGUCUCGAUCUCACAAGCUGUGAAAAUGGCAGCGGCCGAAUUGGGCCGCGAAACGGCCGAUAACCAAGCGGCAGGCGGGGAAUAUGAGGAGUGUGGCUACACACCUAAUAAUGAAGAAUAUGAAAUCCGGCCUAUACUAAAGUUGGAAAGCAUAACCAGUGAUGAUGUUAUGCGUGCCCCAAAACCGAUAUUGAAGAAAAAGUCAUCGGGCGAUUCAGAUGAAUAUGAAAUACGUCCGAUAUUGAAGACUUCCCGCAAGAGUAGCCGGGAGGAGUUUGAUUUGGGUGGUUCCAUCAGUGAAGAUGGCCGCCAUUACAGCGAACCACCAACCGUACGUCCAAUAUUAAAGACUGACUCACCAUCGAAACGACGUUCUCUCGGUGGUGAAGAGUUGGAGCAAGAUGUUUUCAGUGGUGAAAAUUUGAGUGGUCACUCACCGGGCCUACUUAAACGACGUACACGUUCCUUAGAGCGUCAGGAGGCGCCAGUAGUGGACCUGGCGGCAGCUUUAAAUGCUAUUGCAACAUCUCAAGCCGCACCGGUGGAGUUUGUUUCGGCGCCAAUCACCACAGGCGGCAGCAUUUCAGUAGCUGAACGCAUUAAAAAUAUGGAAAUGUUCCUAAACACCAAUGGCUCGCCCACCACACCGACGGAUGUGAAUACUAGUUGGGAGUCUCCCUUGCAGGGUGGUGCAACGCCCAGAUUACUGAAGCCAAGCGCCAUUCGGCGAGAUAUGUACCGCGAUCGCUACAAGACGCAGCCGAUAACAAACGAUGAGAAAAUGCUCUUUAAAGCCACCGCAUCGCCGCUUGACACCUCCACCACAUCCGCCUUUAAGCCAACCAAAUCCUUGGACGCCGGCCUGAACUACAACACAUUUGCCCACUUGAAUGCACCGACGGCCGCUUCAAGCGUUUCGCCGGGCAGCAGUUACACACUCACGCGCUGCGCCACACAACCUCUGCACAGUCAGCAGCAUCACUGCGACGGAACACCACCUUUGCGUCCCGCAUUCGGACGUUUCAACCCACUAAGUGAUAGUUACAGCAAUAGCAAUAGCAAUAGCAAUAGCAAUAAUUAUAUCAACAACAACAACAAUACUAGUGAACAAUUAAACCUAUCGGUGGGCAGUGAGAGUGAACGUAUCUUCGAAAUGUCUGGCAUAGCUGACCAUUCGGUGGCCACGGAAAGCACUAGUAAAGUGGAUGCGAAGGCUGUUGCUGACGCAGAUCCGUCGGCGGGUGGUUGUGGUUUGACUCGUAAGAACAGCGUGCGUGCCCGUGCUAAUAUGUUCCAACAGCUGCAAGAGAAGGCUAAGAGUGUUGAGGCCGCAACAGCGGGAUCGUCGGCGACAACUGCAACGGUGCCAAGUCGUGAGGAGCGAAAUUCACCGCGACGAGCGCCAUCACAGCUUUCGCCAACGUCUGCAAUGCUAGCGGCCUCAGCCCCCUUAAUGACGAGCAGCCUUAUCGGCUCCUCUUCCCUUAACACGAACAGCCACGAAGAGCCGAAGACGCCGCAAAACUCCGAGCGUACAGAUGAGGAAGUUGCCGCAUCAAGUGUGCCGCCCAGCAACACCACUAAGUCCGCCUUCGAACCGCCGAAAGGCAUUCUCAAAUCAAAAUCCAUUGGUGUCGGUUUUAUGCCCAUGGACUUGAGUUCGGAAUUGAAAAAUCGCCUGAAAAGCUCCACCCACGCAUCUGUAUCGAAUCUACGUAAAUCGGCGACGACACACAACGCCGCCAGAGCAAGUGAUGAGAACGUCUCUGCCUUGGCUAAUUCCGCAACGUCGACUUCUUCAGGUGCUAUUGGCCCACAGCACGACGACGCAGUGAGUCUCGUACGCAAUCUCUCGAAUUUGGGUCGUCCACCGUUGGCGGGUACAAGCGGCAGCGGUGCUUCGUCUUUACGUGGCGGUGACGUAAUCGCUUCCACAUCCGAGGGCGAAAGCUCAGGCGGUCGUGAAAUAUCGGAAAUUAUAAAGAACAGCGCAGUGGCGCGCAGACGCAAAUUGAAUGAUGGCGCCAAUCUCAUUGCGAAAAGUAAAAGUCAUUCUGCCAUUGUUGCCCCCGCACCACCACCACCAGGCGGCGUAGCGAUUGGCAUUGGCCCUCAAUUGCCACCAUUUGGUAGCGGCGGCUUUGUUAAGCUGCGGCAUGUAGACAAAGUACAAGAUCAACAGCAACAACACCAGGAACAAGGCGAACAAUACAAAGCCACCGCUGAUUCGAGCCACAGCCACUUUUCAAACGCACAAAGCUCACAAGAACAAGAAGCACAAGAAGGCGAGGCCGCACAGUCACUGUCGCAGUCGCAGUCGCGCAAUCCGUCAGCAUUACCGGCGUUCUUACAAGGCGGUCUUCGACGCAGUCUAACACAGGUCAUGGGACCAGAUCAACGCACAAUCACCGUCGGCUCUAAGGCCGGUUCAAUUGCCGAUCGCCUCGCGGCACUCCAAAAGAGCGGCGAGGAUGAUUGGAAGAAGAGAAUAUCGCGACGCGAUGAAGUUGACGAAAUAUGCCGAGAGAAUCUCGUGAAUGAAUCACUUUCUUUGGCACACUCCCUAUCGGACAAGCCAUUGCCUCAUUCACCCCUAAUACCAACUUGCCUGGAGGGUGGCAAAGUUUCAGAUCGUUUGGGCAAAUUGAAAACAUCUUCUGAAAAAUGGAAGGAUCGCAUUGAACAGUCCGAUGCCUCGAAAUUCACAGUCGCUGGACGUCUGCAGAAGAAGGCACAAUCACCCAUUGAGCUGCAAUUCGAGCGUGGACACGAUGCCGAGCCUAAAAAAUGUCCCAUGCAAAUCGUGCGCAGUGCCAAUCAACCACAACUCGGACUCGCAAAGAGCCCAUCCAUGAUGGUUACGAGCAAUUCGAAUGGUGGCACUAAUGGCGGUACCAACGGCCAUCACAGUCUCCUACAACGCAGCUUGAGUGUUACAGCAGAAAGACCCAAUGGGGCAUCCGAAAACUCCAGUUCGAACUCUGACUCCGAUUCGGAUGGACGUUGCAAUGAAAAAGAGGUGAAAAAUAUGGCAAAUACAAAAAGUGCUGCUGCCGAGCGCGCGGCUCUCGUCACUCGUGUUGCCGUGCCGAAGCCUGAUGAUGAAGAGACGUUCGAGAAAUUCUUUACAUCAAAGAAACAAGCAUCCACGCAGAAGUCAGGGAUUGGGGAGAAUGCCGAGGUGAACGAUUUCGAUUUCGAUAGCAUCAAAGCGACACAACGUUUGGUUACAAAACGCGCCAUACAAGGACCGAAGGGCAGACGAGCAGCCCGGAAUCCAUUAAAGAGUCUUGCCGAACGCAGUGAUAUUACUUCCGAGUACACCGAAGUCAAGUCGGGCGUAGCUGAACGUGAAAUGCGACGCUUGAAACUCGAGUCAUAUGGCCAUCGCAGUAGUAAUUUGGCAGCUGAGGCCAUCGCCGGGCUAGCAUCCGUCGAAGAUUUCAAGUCGGUGUCAUUGAAAUCCUCCUCAUUGCCGCUUCAACAGUUAUGGGUGCCCUAUAAAAAACUCAUGCUGCUCCACGUCAAGGGUCGCACGCACGUGCAGACGCGUUUGGUCGAACCCACUUAUACAUCUGUGAACCGUGGUGAUUGCUUCAUACUCAUCCAUGGCGAUCAGCUCUACCGUUACGUCGGUUCGUUCGCCAACGUUAUAGAGAUUGCGCGCAGCAAGAAGAUAUGCGCCUAUAUCGUCGAGAACAAAGAUCUCGGCUGCACGGCAACUUCCGAAGUUAUCCUCACCGAUGGUAAGUUUUUGAAUGAACGUCACUGGAAGAAAUUCUGGGAGUUGUUGGGCAAACCGGAUGAUUACCAAAUACCUGAUUGUGGACACGCCGAUGAAGAUGAUCUUUUCGAAGCAAGUCUCAUAGAGACUAACAAAAUAUAUGAAUUCCAAGAUGAUUCGCUGGUGCCAAUGGAGAAGUAUUGGGGUUGUAUACCCAAAGUGGAGAUGCUUGACCCGAAUAAGGUUAUUGUAUUCGAUUUUGGCAGUGAAAUGUAUGUGUGGAAUGGCAAGACGGCACCAUCGAAUGCCAAACGUGCUGCCAUUAAGUUGGCGCAAGAGCAUUACGACACGGGUGCUGUGGACUACUCGAGCUGUUAUGUGAACCCCGUUUGUUAUGCGUCCAUUGUGGGUUGCCGAGAGUCUUACAAGUUUAUGCGGCGUUGCGAGAAGCGCGCCGACUGGUGUAUUUUGGGUAAAAUCACGCAAAAUAUGGAGACUUCACUGUUCAAAGAAAAGUUCUCCGAUUGGCCCGAGGUCGAGCGUGAAGAUUUGGAAAAGGAUUAUCUAGUGAAUGGUGUGCAUGCCGUGAAAGCGCUAGAUGGCAAAGCUCUGUUCAAUGGCGAGCCCUAUGUGGAGCCCAACUUGGUGUUGGAGAAUUCAAAUUUGGGGCGUGGUAACUUUUACUAUGACAAUGAUAGCAUGCGCCACUUUGAUAUCAUCACAAAAUCCACCGAUAAAUGGCAGAUAAAUGAAUUCAACUUCGACAACGCCAAAUCCAGCAGUUAUGGUCACUUCUACUCCGCCGAAAGUUACAUUGUACGUUGGAUUUAUCAGAUUUCCGUCACAGUGCGCGAGCUGAGUGGUAAAAUCUCCAAUCGUGCCACAGUCGGCCGUGAUCGUUGCGUCUACUUCUGCUGGCAGGGUAACGACUCGAGCGCUAAUGAAAAGGGCGCGGCUGCGCUGCUCACGGUGGAGUUGGACAAAGAGAAAGGCGCUCAGAAGCGUGUGGCACAAGGGGAUGAGACGCCUGCCUUCAUACGCCUUUUCAAGCUGCUCUUCCAACACAAGGGACGCAAAGAUGAUUGCCUGCAACGCCGACACAGCUGGCGUCUCUACCAAAUCACCGGCAAUGUGCCCGAAGAGACGCUCCUCAGCGAGGUGGACUGUCAUGCGCGUCAGUUGCGCUCACGCGCCUCAAUGCUGUUGGUGCAUGGCGAUAAGGGAUUGAUCUAUAUAUGGCAUGGUUGUAAGAGCGCCAAGCAUACACGUGAUGUGGCCGAAAACGCAGCAGAGCACUUGAAGUCGGUGAAACCAGAAGAUUUGUUCUUGGAUAGUGUGGGUGUAGUGCAAUUGGAGACGGUGGAGGAAGACAAACAGCAGUUACCAGCCUUCGCUAAAGCAUUGAACGGUCUCGAUAACGAUGCCUAUUACAGCUUACUUAAAGAGUCAGCGAAAGACUUCGCUUAUGAGCCACGUCUCUUCCACUUUUCCAGCACGCAAGGCGUAUUUAGCGCCGCCGAAUUGCUAUAUGCACUGCGCUGCAAGGAUCUACAUAGUCCUUAUCCUUUCACUCAAGCACAACUAUACAAUGCACGACAACCGACCAUUUUCAUGCUGGAUGACGGCGACACGCUGUGGCUGUGGAUGGGCUGGUGGCCGUUGGAAGAUCUCAAAAUUACCACCGAAGAGCGCAGCAGUCCAACAAAUGAGAAUCGCGCUGGCGUGAACCGUUGGAUAUCAGAGCGACGCGCAGCUUUGGAGACAGCGGUCUCAUAUUGGUGCGCCAAACAUGGUGAAAAUAACGAAAAAGACUUCCAUGACAUCAAAGGCUUUGUCGUUUGGGCUGGCCUAGAACCGUUAGCCUUUAAAGCCCUCUUCCCUGACUGGACUGAGCGUGAGGAUAUCAAAGAAAUCAACAUGCAGGAUGGUCGAACCGAUGAGCCCACCCCCAUCACGGACGUGCUGAAACAAUUAACACAAACUGAAUACCCGCUUGCCAUAUUAAAAAGUCGCCCACUGCCCGAGGGCGUAGAUCCGACGCGUUUAGAGUUAUAUUUGAAUGCUGAGGACUUCCAGAAGGCGCUUGGCAUGACCAGCACCGAAUUCGAGCAGAUGCCAUUAUGGAAACAAACCAAUCUGAAGAAGGAGCGUGGCUUAUUUUAGACUUAAAAGUAAACAAAACAAAAAAACUAAAAUUACGAAAAACAAAUUAUUCUAAAUCUAUUCAAUAAGUUACAAUACUUAAGGACUAAAAAUGUUUAAGUAAAACAAAAUGCGGGGAAACGGAGGUGAAAUAUUAUGUAAUUAACAAAAAACAAAAACAAACAAACAAGUGACAAUGCUAUUCAAAUUGAGAAUUAUAUUUUGUAAUAACAUAUUUAUAUAAAAGUGCACGCAAACGCACAUAAACACACGCAUGCAUUAUGUACACACAAACAGAAACAAUCAUUUUUGAUAUAUUUGCUUAUAUACAGAGGAAAACCCUAAAGAAGAAAGGAAAAAGGAAAAAUGAAAAAACAAAAAACAAAAAACAAAAUAUUUAUGAACUUUUUACAUAUUUUACAAGCAUGAAAAUAAAACAAUUUGCAGGCGUUUGAUUCUAAUAUUUAUACUAAGGCUUCAUCUACACUCGUACACACAUACAUACAUAUACGCAUACAAUAUAUAAUAAUGAAUAUACUCGUAAAUUAAACAAAAAAAAAAUAUUAACCAAAAAUGUAUUUAAAUAUAUAUAUUAAUCAUCUUAUUACACAUUUACAAACACACAUAUCUGCUGGCACAAGCUUUUUUGAUAAAACUUUACAUAAAUUUUGCGAAAUAAAUUUGCUACGCGUUUUGUGCGAGGAAAAAAUGUUUAAAAAUCAAGCAAAUAAAUUUAAAAACAAAUUUCCAUCAGCUUGCAUAAGCGGAAUGGCAGCACUUCUGCACUCGCUGCACAUUCGGCUGAAUUUAUAAGAGUAAAAAAAUGGAAGUGAAGCCCACAAGCCUAUUCACAAGCCACUAUCGAUGCAAUUAUGAGCAAUAAAACGUUUGAAAUUUUAAACC